UAAUUUCAAACCGCUUACAAGUAUCGUUUCGUUUCUGCUAUUAAAACCCUUUCCGAUCAAUACUCCUUCUUAGUUCAUAACCCCAAAAGUGUCUUCUUUUAUCUGUUUCGUUCACUUAAGCAUAAGAUAAAUUCGCAGCAACAAUGGUUGAUGUUCUUGGUUCUUGUCAACAAGGUUUAUUCAGGGAUUUCGGUAAUCAUCAUCUGAGCAACUUAGAUUCACAAUCUCGUGUUGAAUUUUUGAGGGCUCGAUUCUCUGGUACCAUAAUCAAAUCAGAGGUUCUGCUUGAAUUAAAGGAUGAGAAAAACGAAUCUCUUAGAUUGCAGAAGGAGAAGAUAUUGACGGGAAAGAUGCGACUGCAACAACAAGCCAAAAAUAGAGCUGCCGCUGAAAUUGCUUCAAGGAAGAAUCGAGAAGCUAAUUUGCAAAGACAGAGAGAUAGAGCAGCAGCUCGUAGGGCAUUAGAGGAGUUGGAAAAGAAUGUUGCGGUUGAUGACUGGCACAAAACCUAUAAGGACUUCUUGACGCUGAUUAAUUCUAAGUGAGACACAUAAACAAGAUUAUUGCCCCUUGCUUUUCAAGUCUAGUGGUGUCUCAAUUAGAUGAAAAGAAGUUCUU